UAAUCUGACAGUACGCCGCUUAGUCCCCCCUCCCCACCGCCUCUCUCUCCGAGUUUUUUUUAGGUCGGUUUGUGGCUAAUUUCCAGACAACUCUCCGUCCACUCGUUCCCCACCUCUCCUCCCGCGACCCAACAUCCUAUUCUCUCCAAAACCCCCAAAGAGAAAAAGCGAGCUAGCUAGCAAGAAGCGGAGAACAAUAACCGAACCCUCUCUUUCUCUCGCUCUCUCCCCUUCUUUGUUCUUGCCCUCGGGUUCCUCUCCUCUGCUCCGGCUCGCGUUAUUGGCUACGAUUUCGACUACAAGGUCUUAGUUUGUUCGUGGUUUGGAUCUGGGGAUUUGGGGUGGCGAUGGAGUGGGACAGCGACUCAGAGGGGCCGAGCAGCGGUGAGGAGGCGGAGGAGGAGCAGGAGGAGGAGGGGGGCUUCGUGCCGAGUGACGGCGGGGGGGUCUUUUCCUUUCCCGUAGAAGGCAUGCUCCAGUCGGCGGCGUCGUGCGGGCUGGUGGUCACGGACGCGCUCGAGCCCGACUACCCCAUCAUCUACGUCAACAGAGGGUUCGAGAAGGCCACGGGCUACCGCGCCGAGGAGGUGCUCGGGAGGAACUGCCGAUUCCUGCAAUGCAGAGGGCCAUUUGCUCAAAGAAGGCAUCCUUUAGUGGAUGCUACAGUAGUUGCUGAGAUACGAAGAUGUCUUGAGGAAGGCAUAGAAUUCCAGGGUGAUCUAUUGAAUUUUAGGAAAGAUGGUUCUCCAUUGAUGAACAGACUGCAGCUAACCCCAAUUUAUGGGGAUGAUGAGACAAUAACCCAUGUUAUGGGCAUCCAGCUUUUCUCUGACACAAAUGUUGACUUGGGACCAUUGCCUGGUUCCAUGACAAAGGAAUGUGUGAGACCUUCUAUGUGCUUCACUGUAGACAACUCCUGCCGACCUAUCUCUGCAGGGCAUGUGCAUGUAUGUCGUGAAUUUUGUAGCAUGCUGCAACUCAGUGAUGAGGUAUUGUCUCAAAAAAUCCUUUCAAGGUUGUCUCCGAGAGAUAUUGCAUCUGUUGGUUCUGUGUGCAAGAGGCUUUAUCAGUUAACAAAGAAUGAGGAUCUCUGGAGAAUGGUUUGUCAGAAUGCGUGGGGCAGUGAAACUACUCGUGCAUUAGAAACUGUACCUGGAGCAAAAAGGCUGGGAUGGGGAAGACUUGCGAGAGAGUUAACCACCCUUGAAGCUGCUGCAUGGAGGAAAUUGACAGUUGCGGGUGCUGUGGAGCCAUCCCGUUGCAAUUUCAGUGCUUGUGCUGCUGGGAACAGGGUUGUUCUUUUUGGUGGUGAAGGUGUUAACAUGCAACCAAUGAAUGAUACUUUUGUGUUGGAUCUGAAUGCCAGUAAACCGGAGUGGAGACAUGUUAAUGCGAGCUCUGCACCACCAGGCCGGUGGGGCCAUACGCUAUCUUGCUUAAAUGGAUCUUGGUUGGUUGUGUUUGGUGGCUGUGGAACGCACGGCUUGCUUAAUGAUGUCUUUAUAUUGGAUUUGGAUGCACAACAUCCUGAAUGGCGUGAGAUCUCGGGACUGGCACCUCCGCUUCCAAGGUCCUGGCACAGUUCUUGCACACUUGAUGGCACAAAGUUGGUGGUUUCAGGAGGUUGUGCUGAUUCGGGUGUACUACUCAGUGAUACUUACCUAUUGGAUGUCACAAUGGAAAAACCUGUGUGGAGAGAGAUUCCGGCAUCUUGGACUCCACCUUCUAGGUUGGGCCACUCGCUUUCUGUAUAUGAUGGCAGGAAAAUACUGAUGUUUGGUGGUCUGGCUAAGAGUGGGCCUCUUCGGCUGCGGUCCAGUGAUGUGUUCACCAUGGAUCUAAGUGAAGAAGAGCCUUGUUGGAGGUGCAUUACUGGGAGUGGAAUGCCAGGUGCCGGAAAUCCUGCAGGAAUUGGUCCUCCACCCCGCCUUGAUCAUGUUGCUGUGAGCCUACCAGGUGGUAGGAUCUUGAUAUUUGGUGGGUCAGUGGCUGGUCUUCACUCAGCUUCUCAGCUUUAUCUCUUGGAUCCAACUGAGGAGAAGCCAACCUGGAGGAUACUGAAUGUACCUGGUCGUCCACCACGAUUUGCUUGGGGGCAUAGUACGUGCAUUGUUGGUGGAACAAGAGCAAUUGUACUUGGUGGCCAAACAGGAGAAGAAUGGAUGCUAAGUGAGCUGCACGAGCUGUCUUUGGGGAGUUCCCCUCAUAUGAUCUGAGGGGCGAGGGACAAGUUCAGUUAUCUGGAAUGUUAGCUAGAAAAGCAUAUGCUUUUUUGAUUCCAAUAAGAAAUAGAGCUGACUAUACACUGCCACCCAUGGCGUAAAGAAUUGUCAGAUCAAGUUUGCUUACGGAGUUUCACAUUUGCUUGCAACAGAUAAAGUCCUGAUUAGUGGUUAGGUUCAGUGCUGUAUGGCUUGGACACUUGAAGUUUCAUCUUUCUCGAUCAUGAGUAGAGCUGUCACUUUAUGGGUUGUGUUUGGAUUGCUACGAUAUAAGUAAUAUUUAGAAAAUACUAGUAUAAUUUGCAUCUUAUUUAUUGUAGCUUUCUUGCUGCUUCUGGUUUGUAUCUCAAUAGAAAAUCAAGGAAUUGCCUGUAUAUAGUGAGCACAUCUCUGUAUCUCUCUCACAUUGUGGUGCAUUUUAAUGCUUUGGCUCAGUCCUUUUCCUUUGUGUCGUUGCUUUUCUUGGUUCUACUCUUGAUCAUGUACGGUAAGAAAGCAUGCAGUGCUUUUUAUUAAAAAACAGUGAUAUUCUU